AUGAAUUUUAUGACAUUAAAUAUCAAGGGAGUCACCGGAGCUGAAAAGCCGGUAUGGGUCCGUAAAUUAAAGAGGGAGGUUAAAUUCAAUUUUUUGGGUCUGCAAGAAACCCACCAAGCUGGGCUAACGGAGGCGACGUUGAGUCGGUUUUGGGAUCGGAGCCCUAUGGAAGUCGUUACGUUGGAUGCUGUUGGCAGAUCGGGCGGCCUGGCGAGUUUCUGGGACCCAGGAAUCUUCUCCGUUGACUCAGUUAUCAAGGGUCAGCGGUUUCUGGUAGUCUCCGGUGUCCUGAGGGGCAUAAUGGAACGUCUCAACGUUCUGAACUUAUAUGCCCCGAACGACCAGUCUGGCCGUAGAGAGCUCUGGGAGGCGGUAAUAAACUUAAGGCUGCAACUCCCAGGGAUAUGGGUUGCACUUGGCGACUUUAACGAUGUUCGACAACCUGAUGAGCGCGUCAACUCCCCGUUUGAUCCCAUCUCAACCUCGUUUUUUAAUGAUUUCAUUUGUAGGGCUGGGUUCCUUGAGUACCGGAUGACAGGAGGGAAAUUCACUUACAUCUCCGACAACUCCAUUAUAAAAUUCAGCAAACUGGACAAAAUCUUUGUGUGCGAUUUGUUCCUUAAAAAAUGGCCGUUUGCCACCCUAAAAGUGCUUUGGAGGGGUUGGUCGGAUCACUGCCCAGUUACGUUGGUCUGUGAGGCGCUGGACUUCGGUCCUAUUCCUUUCAAAUUAUACAACAGUUGGAUCGGCUCAAAGGAUCUCGAGGAUAUUGUGAUAGCUAAUAUCAACUUACAGUCCAGGGAAGGCAAGGGGGAUGUUGAGUUAGCUAAAGUGCUUAAAAACAUCAAAUUGGACAUAAAAAAAUGGAGGGACCGGGUAAAGGUGCAGGAGGAAAAAGAAGUAGCUGACCUAAACAAGGAGGCCGAAAGACUCGAAAAAUUGGCUGAAAGUACGAAUCUGAACGCUGAGGAAAGAAAGUUAAGGGUGUCGAUCAGGGUCAAGUUAAAAAAGCUUGAGAGUGCGAGAAUCAAAUAUUUACACCAAAAAUCUCGACUCAAUUGGAUAAAAUAUGGUGAUGAAAAUACGAAAUUUUUUCAUGCUGUGGUUAAUUUAAACAAGUCUAGAAGCAGAAUAAACGGCCUAAACGUCAACGGGGUUUGGGUCACGGAGCCAAAAGUUAUAAAGGAGAAUAUUAGAAGAUGGUUUAAGAAGCAUUUCAACGAAUCGAUACGAAGGAGACCGACCUUCUCCAACCUGGGCCUGCCGUCAAUCUCAGCGGAAGAGUCUGAAACCCUUGUGAUGGCGUUUUCAGAAGAUGAAAAUAAAAAUAGCUCUCAAGGGGUGCGAUGGAAAUAA